CCGGGGGGUGCUUCCAAUGCCGAACAAACCUCGGUACCGGGAGGACAUGUAAUCCAGAUUCCCCAUUUACACAGCAAUCAAUGGCCGAAACCUACGCUAGCAUAUGAAAAGCAUCUUUUGCAUGCUCACUACCUUAUUUUGGAUAGAAACCUGACGUCGCGCAGCCCGGUUUUCACCUCAGCAACAGACCAGACGCACCCUGCAUUUGCAUUCAUUCAACUCGAUCCAACGUCAGCCUUGUUUCACGCGCCGCCGUCGACCGCCCACUCGGCCCAGCGCUGCUCGGUUGGCUCAACCUACCCUCGCUUUCAGAGUCUCGUCACCAGCGCCUCGCAUUCGACACCGGGGGGAUCGGCAGCACAAUGGCCGACCGCCCAACGCUGCUCCGGCCGCCUCCUGAGGACCCGAAUAAGGCACCCAUCGAAAAUGCCCUCGAGGUGACCGAGCUGGCCGUCCUUGGCCCUAACAUCUUCACCAACACGCGCCCGCCCUGGCACCCGCCCGGCGCGCGCGGCAUCUACGGCGGCGCCGUGAUCGCCAUGUGCCUGGCCGCGGCGCAGCGCACCGUCGCCGCCCGCCCGGACUUCGUCGUCCACUCGUGCCACUGCUACUUCCUGCUGGCCGGCUCCGCCGAGCUGCCCAUCCUGUUCCACGUCGAGCUGGUGCGCGACGGCCGCUCCUUCGCCACCCGCACCGUGCAGGCCCGCCAGCGCGGGCGCUGCAUCUUCACCAUGACCGUGUCCUUCGUGCGGGAGGCGCCGUCGGCGCCGGCGGCGGCGGGGUCGUCGGUUGGUGCUGGUGGGGGUGCUGAGGCGGAGGGUGGGGAUGGGGAUGCGAAUGGGGAUGGUGAUGGGAAUGGGAAUGGGAAUGGGAGUCCCGGUGGGAAUGCUCCUGCUGGUGAGAAACGCGACGCGGACGGGGUGAGCCACGCGAGCGAGAUGCCGCGCGGGGAGGCGGACGGGCAACCGCUGCGGCCGCCGCCGGACGACUACGCGGACGAGCCGGAGCAGCUGACGCAGGGCCCGUUCCAGGGCACCCGGAUCGAGAUGGUCAACGGCGACAGCGACAAGCCCGGGGAGAAGAAGACGCGGCAGUGGGUGCGGGCGCGCGGGCGCAUCCGCGGCGGCAUGCCCGCGCACCUGGCCGCGCUGGCCUACGUGUCGGACAGCUACUUCAUCGGCACCAUCACGCGGAUCCACAAGCUGUGGCGGUUCCCCUUCCCCGCCGACCAGUUCGACCAGCUGCCCGCCGACCUGCAGGCGAAGAUCAGGACGCUGCAUCAGUGGGAGGGCAUGGGCGACGACCCGCGGGAGAUGGUGGGGCGGCCGACGAUCGGGAUGAUGGUCAGUCUGGACCACACCAUCUACUUCCACGAGCCGAGAAAGGUGCGCGCCGACGAGUGGAUGCUGAGCGAGAUGGAGAGCCCGUGGGCUGGCGACGGGAGGGGCGUGGUCAUGCAAAAAAUCUUUAGCAAGGACGGGACUCUGCUUGCGACCUGUGUGCAGGAGGGCCUCGUCCGUCUGCAGGAGCCCAAGCCAGCCAGCAGGGAGUUAAAGCUGUAGCUUGUGGAUCGUCUCUCGCGGUCGCAUCGAUUUUCCCAGUAUUUACUUGUAUUAUUUUUGCCGCCUACAUCCGUGUAGAUCAGGAUAGACAUGAGUGUAAUGUCCAAAGACCGAGCGAUUUCACCAUCGCUUGUGGGACUAAUCUUCGGAGUGAGUAACCUGUUACACGGUGCAUUUUA